GAAAUACAAGGCUGGAUUGCCGGCGAUAUUGAGAAAAUGUACCGACAGGUAUUGGUACAUCCAGAUGACCGGCCUUUGCAGCGAAUAUUGUGGAGACGUUCCACGGAGGAAGAACCUACUGCUUACGAUCUUCGCACCGUAAAGUAUGGCACGGCAGCUGCACCUUUCUUAGCGAUUAGGACACUGCAGCAAGUGGCAUAUGACUACUCUGAUGAAUAUCCUGACGUAGCAUCUGCAAUAUCGAAAAAAUUUUAUUUAGAUGAUUUCUUGGCAUGUGCUCCUACGUCAGUAGGAACAGUGAAGCUAAAAAACGACGUGUGUUCAGUAUUAUCCGAGGCAGGAUUCAAGCUACGUAAGUGGUCGUCAAAUUCGAGAAGGUUCUUGGGUACAAUUGACAUAUCCGAUUGUGAAAAAUCUCCUGAUACAAUUAUCGACACCACAAGCGCCGUAAAAACACUUGGUUGGCUUUGGGAGACUUCAACAGAUAGCUUCAAGUACAACGUGGCCCUUGAAGACAUCACAUUAAACGUGACAAAACGUAAAGUACUAUCGGAUAUCGCCAGAAUAUUCGACCCAAUCGGAUGGAUUGUUCCGAUCGUUAUUAAAAUUAAGAUUUGUAUGCAAAAAUUAUGGCUAAAGGGCGUAAGUUGGGAUGAAGAGCUACCACGUGAGCUAUACAGCGAAUCGUAUGAUUACAGGCAGAACAUCAACAGAAUUUCAAAACUUCGUAAACCAAAGUGGCUUGAUUUCACUGAUGACAGCAUUGUUGAGUUGCAUGGGUUCUCGGACGCGUCCGAAGUAGCAUUUGCAGCAGCGGUUUAUAUACGGAUACAGCGGAGGGAUAGCGAGGUGUUCACCCACUUAAUUGCGGCUAAAACCAGGGUAGCCCCGGUAAAGCAAAUCACGUUACCGCGGCUUGAGUUGUGCGCUUCACACCUGUUGGUGAAGUUAAUAAUCAAAGUACGACAAUCUUUAAGUUUCGAAGUAGUUGACGUGGUUGGUUGGACAGAUGUCAUACCAGCUGAGCAAUGGCGUCAUAUACCGUCACAACACAAUACGGCAGACCUUGCUACAAGGGGAAUUUGGCUUGCAGAACUUGUAACUUGUAAAAUAUGGUGGCAAGGACCUGACGUGCUGAUACAUAAAUCAACGACACAUACCGAGAAGCCAUCUGCGUCACCGAAUGUCAGCAUGGAAGAACGAAAGGUGGAAAGGUUUUUUGAGAGGUAUUCAAAACACAUGCAUCUUUUACGCUUUGUACAUAACUGCAAAACUGGUAGCUCCAAGCAACCGAAAACAGCUACCGGGAUUUCAACCAACGAGCUGCAGCAUGCGCAUAACGUAUUGGUGAGGCAAGAGCAAAGAACAUACUUUGCACAAGAGUUACCAUUACUAUUGAAAG